UGAUUCUCAAGACAAGUCAUACUUUGUGGUCAGGAGCUUGUGUGAUGUUCUGCGUAUUAGGUGGGAGUCCACCCGCAGUCGGACAAAACAGCGGGCACUGUUAAUGAUGGAGAAUUUGGUUGAAGAUAUUGCCAAAGAAUUUCCUGUAGUUUCACAAAGAGCCAAACUGGUUUUUGGAGUUCAUAUGCCAUCUAUCCCUGCAUUAAGGAAAGAGUAUGGUGAACUUUUGAUAAGUUGUGGUUUACUUGGUGAAGCUCUUAGUGUCUUCAAAGAACUCGAAUUGUGGGAUAAUCUAAUCUAUUGCUAUCGAUUAUCGGGUAAAGUCGCUGAUGCUGUUAGUCUAAUAAAUACCCGGCUCUCUGUUACACCAAAUGACCCAAGGCUAUGGUGUUCACUUGGCGAUGCUACUAAUAAUGAUGACCAUUAUAAGAAAGCCCUGGAAGUCUCAAAUAACAAAUCUGCUCGAGCUCUGCGCUCUCUGGCUCGCAGUGCAUACAACAAGAAUGAUUUCCAUACAUCCAAAAUUCUUUGGGGAUCUGCAUUGGCAUUGAAUUCUUUGUAUCCAGAUGGCUGGUUUGCCUAUGGUACAGCUGCAUGGAAGGAUAAAGAUCUUGAGAAGGCAGUGGAUGCUUUUAGUCGUGCUGUGCAGAUAGAUCCUGAAAACGGAGAAGCGUGGAACAACAUAGCCUGCCUGCACAUGAUUAGAGGAAAGAGCCAGGCGGCAGUCCAGGCAUUCAAGGAAGCUGUAAAGUUCAAGAGGAACAGCUGGGAAGUUUGGGAAAAUUACAGUAAGGUUGCUUUGGACACAUGCAACAUGCGACUGACACUUGAAGCUGUCAAAAUGGUAUUAAAUCUGUCCAAGAACAAGCGCUUCAAUGUUGAUUUAUUGGAUAAGGUGAUGGCCUCUGUCGAAGAACAAGGUACACAACUUACUCAAGAAGCUAAAUCCAUAAGCAACGCUUCAGAUGAUGCAAACAAAGAGACCAGGCUACCAAAUCAAUUAGUAGAUAUAAUUGGUGAUAUCCUUCAGCAGAUUGUACGGAGUGGGGCUAGCAAUGCAGAGUUUUGGGGAUUAUAUGCAAGAUGGCAUAAAAGCAAGGGCAACCUCAUGGCAUGCUCGGAAGCUUUGUUGAAGCAAGUUCGAUCCCUCCAGGGUUCUGGAUUAUGGCAUGAUCAGAAGAAGUUCACUCAGUAUGCUCAAGCUUCUCUGCAACUUUGCAAGGUCUAUAUCGAGAUUUCCUCCACGACUGGAAGCAGACGAGAAUUAUUGUCAGCUGAGAUGCAUCUUAAAAGCUCCUUGAAACAGGCAACGGACUUCUCAGGUACGGAGGAGUAUAAAUCACUUAAUGACUGCCUUGACCAAUUAAGGGGCCUGAUUGGCGAUGCAUAGAGUUACUGAUAUCUUGGUUGUGAAUCAAGGUCAUCUUGUCAUAUGGUUUAUCACAGACCCUUUACAGAAAAAGUUUUUUUUUACCGAAAAAGCAGACCCUUUAUAAAUGACAAGCAUCGUCAAGUCGCAUCACCCGAUGGUCUAUGCUCAAGUUCGGCACGAAGACACCAGACCCUUUAUUUACUCUUGUUCUGUUAUUCAUGUUGGUCGUUUGCUCAAUGUUUCAGCGCACAAUCCAGCUUGUAGCUGUGAACACUCUGUUAAUCAGGUUUAUCAUGUGUAAUCCCAGACUGUAUUUGGGAGAAAUAUUUGUACUGUUGCUUCUGUUUGAAUGAAAGUGUUGUCGUGCUCUCAAAAAAAGAGUACUCAUCCAGUU